AUCCCCAAUGAAAAGAUGUAUUUAUGUCCUCUCAAUUGUGGCAACAUUUACAGUUUGGGAGAAGAAAUGGAUUUCUUGAGUUGCAUACUACUAGGUCUAAUGGUUGCAUGGAUCUCAAUUCACACCCUCUAUUAUUCGCUUGGAAGAAGAUCAUUAGAUACCACAAGGCUUCCACCAGGACCAAACCCACUUCCCUUCAUUGGCAAUCUCUUAGAGCUUGGUAACAAACCCCAUCUCUCUCUCACUAAGCUUUCACAACGCUAUGGCCCAAUUAUGACUUUGCAUCUCGGCCAAAUAACAACCGUGGUAAUUUCUUCAUCAACCGUCGCCAAAGAAGUCCUCCGAACCCAUGACCAACUCUUCUGCAACCGAACCGUCCCAGAUGCGCUCCAAGCCUGUCAACAUUCCACGUACAGCAUGGCGUGGAUACCGGUUUCAGCUACAUGGAAAAACCUCCGCAAAACAUGUAACUCGCAAUUGUUCACCACCAAAAUUCUCGACGCCAACCAAGCCAACCGUCACCUGAAAGUGCAAGAGCUCAUAUCCGACGUCAAUGAAAGCGCUGUAAAAGGUGAGGUGGUUGAUAUCGGACGGGCUGCUUUCAAAACUUCGCUCAAUUUGCUAUCGCGUACCAUCUUCUCUGUGGAUUUAGUGGACCCACACAGUGCUAGGGCGAGAGAGUUCAAGGAGCUGGUAUGGAGUAUUCUUGAAGAGUCUUUGAAACCUAACUUGGCUGACUAUUUUCCUGUGCUGAAAAGGAUUGAUCCCCAGGGGAUACGACGCCGUCAGACCGGUUACUACCGGAAGAUGUUUGACAUCUUUGAUCGCUUGAUGAUGCAACGGUUUGAAUCAAGAAAAGAGCUUGAUUAUGCCAUGACUAAUGACAUGUUAGAUACCCUGAUAAACCUUAGUGAAAAGAAAAAUGAGGAUAUGGACAUGGAUGAAACUCAACAUCUGUUCCUGGAUCUAUUUGCUGCGGCAACAGAUACAACGUCAUCCACAUUGGAAUGGGCAAUGGCUGAGCUACUCCGCAACCCAGAAAAAUUGUUCAAAGCCCAAGCGGAGCUGAAGCAGACCAUCGGAAAAGGAAAACUGGUUGAGGAAUCCGACAUUGGUCAACUCCCUUACUUACAAGCAAUAAUCAAGGAGACCUUCCGUCUAUACCCAGCAGCACCCUUACUAAUUCCCCGAAAAGCCGAAAUAGAUGUUGAGAUCUGCGGGUACGUUGUACCAAAAGGUGCACAAGUGUUUGUCAAUGCAUGGGCCAUAGGAAGAGACCCUGGCAUUUGGGACAACCCAGACUCGUUCGUGCCAGAGAGGUUUUUGGGAUCGGAAAUUGAUUUUACCGGCAAGAAUUUUGAGCUUAUUCCGUUUGGUGGUGGGAGGAGAAUGUGUCCUGGUAUGCCAUUGGCAGUGAGAAUGGUGAACUUGAUGUUGGGUUCGCUUAUUAACUGUUUCAGUAAUUGGAAGCUUGAAGAUGGAGUUACACUAGAGACUAUGAACAUGGAUCAGAAGUUUGGCCUUACCUUACAAAAAGCUCAGCCUCUCAAAGCUGUGCCCAUGUUAUAGAAGAACCCAGCUUGAUAUCUAUUUCAAGUCCGUACCAUAUAAUUUUUAGAAUCUAAAUAAGAAUCAUGCUUGUAGAUUAUACCUAAAUUUAGCCAAAUUAGUUUGAGAAAUGAUUUGCAUCCGAGUUCGAAUCUGGUCUCUAUAACUUAGAAAUAUUAAGUGUAGAAUAUUUGCUUAUAUAAAAAAAUAAAAAUUUCACGUUUGCUUGUGAGUA